AUGCAUCGCUCGGGCACGUUCCCCGUCGCCACGCUCGACGGCGACGGCAACGUGAGCCCCUCCCGCGACUUUCCGCGCAACUUCCCCCGCAGCCACAGCAGCGCCGUCCCCGCUGCCCUCCGCGCGGCGUACGACUCGCUCGACUCCGACGACCCUUUCCGCCACGCCGUCACCCCGCCCGCGUCGCUGCCGCGCCACCGUCACCACUCCCCGCGACACGCGCAUCCCCACCAGCAGCAGCAGCACGGCGCGAGCGCCCCCCGCCACGUAUCGUACCAGGCGGGGCCCACCUCGUCGCUCCGCCCGCACAGCCACGGCCUGCGCGACGACGGGGGAGGGGGAGCGGCGCGCUUCGCGCAGGGCGCGCAGCACCAGCGCGCCGUCGCUGCGGGGCUGAGCCUUUCGCCGCACAGCCUCUCCCCGCACGGCCUCUCGCCGCACGACAGCGGGCUUGGCGGAGGGCCGCUCGGGGACUUCUUCGACGAGGGCGCGGAGGACGCGCGGGGCGGCUUACGGGGGCACGCGCAGCUGGCGGGGCGCGAUGUGGGGCAUCUGCACGCGCUGGACGCGGAGAGGGGGGGAUUCGGGGCGCUGGGGGAAGGCGGAAGGCGGCAUGAGGGCAGGGGCAGGUUGGGGGGAGGCUUGGCCAUGGGGGGCUCGUUCGAAGAAGGGGCGCGCAGGGUGCAGGGGAGCGUGAGCGGAGUGGUGGGAGGGCACGGCGGCAUGGGCGUGGGCGCGAGCAGGAGUGGCGUUGGGGGCGGCGGCAGGGUGUGGGCGCGCACGCUGAGCCACCAGGCGGCGGACCUGAGCAGCAGCAGCAGCAGCAGCGGGGCGGGCGGCGGGCGGCACCUGUUGGGCGCGCAGCGGCUCGGCCUGGACCGCACUGUGGGUGGCUGGUUCGAUGAAGCCGACAUACUCGCCACCAAUGCCAUGCUGCCACGUGUCAACAGCUUGGCAGUGAACGGCAGUCGCCUGUUUGACACGGACGACCUACUGGACCUGCGGCACGGGGCCACGGGGCUGGGGGGGGGCGCCAUGGGGUUGGGACGGGAUGGCACAGGGCUGGCGGGGGCGCGGGAGAAUGGGGGCGGGGGCGGGGGGGUUGGCGAGGGCAUCAAUUUGAAGCGCGUGCUGCGGCUGGGGGAGGCGGCGCGCAGCAACGAUGCGGACCUGGUGCACGCCAUCCUGCAGGACGCUCCCUCCCGCACCCCCCUGCUCUCCGCGCUGCACCCCGACGUGGGUCACGUGUCCCACGUCCGUGUCCCAGCUGAACCCAGCACAAACACCCACCUCCGUGUCCCAUGCCAUGUUACAUGA